AUGGGUAACCAAAAUUUGAAUUUUCUGAAUUAUAAUAAUAAAUAUAGCUGGGAUUGUCAUGUUGUUAAAGUACAUGAUUUUCUACGACGUGCCCAAAGAUUAUCAUUAUUGAAUGACAUUAAAUGUAAACAGUUACAUAAUGGUUCAGUUGACAAGUUAGUCUUUUCGGUUCAUCAUAAACAUCGGGUUGAACGCCAAUCAUCAUUUACACGCAGUCAACUUGAAAUUGAUAAAAUAGAUAUCGAACAAGUUAUUACUGAUGCCUAUCAUCAUGCUGUUGAUAUGCUUGAAGACGAUGAUAAUGAUGAAGAUGGAGAUGACACAACAAAUGAUCUCAACAUGAAUGAGGACAAUGACGAUAGCUCUAUUAACAACGAUUACACUGAUGAAGAUGAACAAAAUAACACUCAAGAUUUAAUAAAUACUCCAGAGAAAGACUUCUCUCGAGUAAAAGUUGCUGAUAAAGUGGAGCCUCAAAUUGAACAUACCUAUUUUAAAGUGAAAUUAAAUCAUGAUACACAAUUUUUACACAAACAAACUGCUUCUUGGUUGUUAACAGAAGAGAAAAGUAAACUUUCAAAUGACCGAUUGCUUCGCGUGCAGCAGGUCAAUAAAUGA